AGCACUGCACGCCAGUGGACGGGUCUUUUAAACGUUAACGGAGUGUGUGUGUGCUUAAUUAAUCUUUGAAAAAAUACUUGGCUGGCAAGCUCCUGACAGUCACACAGACGCAAAGAAACACACUUCCCUCCUUCCUUGCCCACUGCACCAAUUCUACUAGGAACAUUGUACGAGAUGGCGAGGUUGAGCGAUCUACCAGCUGAAUUGAUCCACAGGAUAAUCGAUCUCAUCAUCCAUCCCAAACAACGGCAGUCGAGGGAUCAUCAUGACGCCGACCAUAACGAGAUCGAGGGCAUGCAGCAGAAAUCAAGACCUCAUCGAGUAUUCAAUGUCACCUAUCGCCCCAGCUUUCGCCACCACACCCACACCUGGCAAGUCAAUCAUGUUACGAUGCCUGAAGCUCCAUGGCCAGAGGGUCUGCCAUCCAAUCCGCUACUGCCACUCUCGAUGGUCAGUCGCUGCUUUCGACGGUGUGCCCAGGAGAAGCUCUUCAAGAACGUUGCUCUAGUUGAUCAGUGGCAGACGCACUUAUUCCACCGAACAAUUACUCGUCCUUCACCGCAAGAUAGAUCAGAACUUACUCGUGCUUCGACUCACGCAGCAGGCACGCACGAGGCUCAGGAUAAUGAAACCGAAAGCGCCGAUAAUCUAGCCCGACAUGUUCGGUCUUUGCAGUUUAAGUGGGCCGGCCACUGUUCGAUGGGGAAAGGGGGCGGCUCCUUGGUCUGCGAGAUCCUCCGCAGAUGCUCGUUUGCUGAAAAUGUCGCCAUCAGUACCACCUUCUUGGAUCACUGUAAAGAACCGAUCAUGGAAGCCUGUGCGACCCAACGGUUCAUCAAGGACUUCGUCAUCGUCCAGAAGAAAUCCUCCCGCCCGGUCCUCGAUUUUCAAUGGCGAGUCGACGAGAUGGUUACGCGAUUAUUUCCCCAAUGGAACUUCCUUGAAACGGCCGAGUUUGUGGGUGUCUCUAGCCCGCCAGUUCCGGCAGUAGAACCUAUCCGUCGAUCGAUUCCUGUCCUGAACUCUGCCCUGCGAACAAUAACCUUGAAGCGCUUUGAUCUAGAUGAAAUGGAUCUUUCUUUGCUCUUGAAAGGCUCUCGAGAAACCCUGCGGAAGCUCCAGAUUAUCACUCCGUCCAUAAAGCUCGACCGGCGGGGCUUAUGCCGGAUCCUAAAGGACGACACCAACCCAGAUCUAGAAUAUUUGAAAGUCGAAGUGGGCAUGUUGUGGCACCCGAUCCACUUUGUUACCAACGAGACACGUUCUGAUGAUCCGGCCAAGAACUUGGGCCUGUUGGACAUCGUCUUCAAAUCCUCUGCCGCCCUGAGGAAUCUCAAAUCUUUGGUGGUUGACGGCCCAUUGACCGGCUCCGAGUUCUUCACAGUCCUGCCUCAAUCUCUCGUCAAACUCGCCUGGAAUCGUUGUUCCCUCUCGCCCAGUGCAUUUGCUAAGGCACUCUCGAGCUGGAGAGACAUCACAACUUAUAAUCACCCUUCCGAACUGCAUCUUCUGCAACCUACUAGUACUGAUGACCCUCAAAACUCCGAUCGACGCGUACAAUGGUUACCGUAUUUAAAGUGCUGCUCAGUCCACGAAGAUGACACCUGGAGUCACGAAGAGUUAGAAGCGAUUGAGAAGGCGCUAGAAGCCCGACGAGUAUGUUUCCAUAUCGCAGGCGAACGGAAGUUCACCACGCGAGAGAUGUAUGAGGACGAGCUGGAGGACAAUUUUCUGCCUGAAGGUUACAUCCUCUUUAGCGAUCUUGUCAGAUGAUCUUAUAAGGCCCAAUUGGAUCCGCUGAAGACCGAGUGACAUGAUGUACUUUCUUCUUGUAAAAUUAAGUGAUAGUAAGGAAAUUGAACCCCACACGAUUGACUAGAAUGUGGAAAGGGAUAGCAUUUGAUCCCUCCAAUUUAUUUUGUAAAACAUUGUACUUUCAUCGAAACUCUUGUAUUUUUUGACUUAUUUAUCUACAUCACGAGGGGUUUUUGUCUUCUUUCGGAUCAAGAAACGGCUGUUAUUCAUCGCCUUCUUGUUGUUGUAGAUUACUGUGCUUUCAUGAUCAAAGAGUUUUUCGUUUCGUCGGCGCAUUAUAGAUCAACUUGUGCGUUGUUGCACAAAUCAACCUGACCUCAAUCGAAACAAGUCCC